AUGUCUCAACGUUCCCCGUCUCAAGGAUCUGACGAUAGUGCCGUUCAUGCUCAUACUCAACCGCUUUUCGCCUCACCCACGCCCUACGCAGGGGCAAAUUAUGGCCGUAUUCAACUUGAUGUUGGUCUUAUCCGAAACGCACAAGGAAGUUUUGGGGUAGCAGUCAAGCGCCUGGCUGUUGCAGCGCGUGCGCCUCAGAGCAUAUCCUACCUUAAGAGAGAGUUGGGAAGUGCCCUGGACGCGUUCCUCUCGAUGAAGGAUAUUAGACUUGAGAACUGGGAGAAAGAACUAGACAUGUUGAUGAGCAUUGUGCGUAAGAUCAAGUUCAUCGUUGAUGCAGUGCGGAAGCAAUGCGAAUCCUCGACACCGUGCGAUGGCACGCUCCCCUCCUUUCUGUUAUGGCCGCUCACCGUACUAGAAACAAGCCUUGCAACGACCCUGGAAAUUUUGAACAUGGACCUCGGAACGGACGUCACGCCUGUGCGUUUCACACUGAGUAAAGCUCAAGACCGGGUGCGGCAGUGCGAAUUACAUCUCCAACAUGCACUUGACAUGCUUACUACCUCUCUCCGAGAUAACGAUUCGGCACUAUCACACACUUCAAGCAACUCCGGAAAUUUCGAACCUUCCGGGUCUGCAGAGUCGUGGCCUCUAUGUCUCCCAGACCCUGUAUCUUCGAGCGAUGUGGCUACUGCUGGGAUAAUGCGCAUCUCACCAGGACUGCAUGGACGUUCUGAUGAGUUGCAUUUGAUUGUGAAUGCGAUUCUAUAUAAUUCACAGGCUCACAUCGCGAUCCUUGGUCCUGGGGGCAUUGGCAAAUCGCGUCUCGCUACGACGGUAUUGGAUGAUGAUCGCAUGCUCGGACGUUACGGACAUCGCCGUUUCAUGGUGUCUUGCGAGAGACUGAAGACUGCCGAAGAAAUUGCUGAGAGGCUCCUUGACUUAACUGAUCUGAGGGGCAGCUUCAUACGACACUCUUCUCUGCAGGAGCUACUUCAGGCUCAUAUGUCAUGUCAAUCGAAUGCAUUGAUCUGUUUGGACGGCCUGAGGACGGUUUGGAAUACCGACUCUCAAGCUGUAGAGACCUUGUUGUCCGGAUUGGCGGCACUUGCCCGCGUUGCGAUCAUCGUUACUUCUCGUGGUGAAGCUGUCCCGCUAUCACUAUCCUGGUCAGAACCGCUGUUCUCACCACUCAGCCCCUUGCGACAUGAAGCAAUGUGGGAAAUCUGGUCGGAAAUUGGAAGUGAUCAUUCUUUCCGAGUGUCAGAAGUACCACUCGAAGACAUUGGUGGUUCUCCACUCGCAAUCACCCUUCUCGCAGCCCUGCGUCAGAACUUUUUUGCUCGUGAGAUAUUAUCGCUCGUGGGCCGAGGACUAGGCAACAAAGAUCGUAUGCCCGAGGUUGGGCUAAUGGAGAAAGACAAGUAUUACAUUUUACCCCCGUUACCAGAGGAUAUUAACAUUGUCCUACUCUUGAUUGUGAUCUGCAUACUGCCUCAAGGGCUUCGGAGAGGGCGUCUCCCCGAGUUCAUAUAUCAUUUCCGCCAAGUGCUUCACGGUGUAGAGUCAUCUCUCACUCUCUUGGGAGAGUGCUCAUUGGUCUUCAACCACGGCGAAUUCAUAGUUGUUCGUGCUUCAGUACGUGCCCUCGUGCUUGAAAAUAGCAAUAUACUCUCCGAGGCCUUCACAUGCCUGCUGGAUCUCUAUACUGCUUUGUUGGAUCGAAUUCCAGAUGAUACUGCCUCGAAGCAGUCAUAUCAACAAUCCCUUAUCAACCCCGAGAUCUUGAACAUAUCGCGGGUAUUGCUACUUUCAGUGAAGUAUGACAUCACUCUAUACCGUGAGGAGCAGGUCCUGUCCUUGAUCUGCGCUUUGAAACGAUUUGAUGAGGAGUCGAGUUCGGAGGAUCUCGAGCUCUUAUCGGAAAGCAUCUUCUACGCCCAGAAGCACCAUUUUAUCUUGUCCGAGGCCCAACUCUGGCAUGCAAAGGGGCAAUGCCUACUUCGUCUUGAAGGCUGUACAGACGAAACACUAUCUGCCUUCAGAGCGGCGCAUUGGCUCUAUAACCAACUUGGGGAUGAAGUAGGGAAAUCCACGAGUCUUCUUGCUCUUGGCAGGGUGUACAAAGCGCGAGGCCAUAGUGAACAUGCAGAACAUGCUUUACGUUCUGCACUCGAGCUUUUUCGGAAUAGGAUCGAUGAUACCUAUAUCAAAGAAGCCUACACUCUGUCUGAUCUGGCGUCUGUACAUCAAAGUAUGGGCCGAUUGGAUGAUGCGAAGCUCGAGCUCGAGUCGCUUGUCGAGUUGGUGGACACCUUCGACGUGCCCGAGACAAUUGGAGAUGAUGCCAGAAAGAAUCUACGCACGAUCGACGCGCAUCAUCGGUGGUUCGGGGCUCAUGACAGCCUCGUGGAUGACAAGGCGGGUACACAUGCAUCCCGACCAAGAGAUAGAGCCUCGUCAAUGCAAUCUCACUCUACCUCCAAACCAUCAUCGACACACUCGCCCUUGCAGGUACUUCGCCGGCGCCGCCAUCGCUUGAGGGACCCGUCUCCGAGUGAUGACCCUGCUAAACAUCGUGACGAGCAGUCCAAGCCUUCGAUGCGCCGGCCCAUCUCUGAAGAUCAAUUUGUUUUGGGAGUGGUUGAGAUUGCAUUCCCAAGUAUUCUUCCCUUGGUGCAAUCACCCGAAGGUGAAAGCUCCGCGAUUUUGAUUGCCGUGUCAUUUCUGGGAAGAUAUACAUGCUAUCGCCGUCUGUGCGAGCUUGAGAAGACCAAGAAUGGCGAGGACGAUAUCCGCUUCGAGCACAUCAAAGGCGAACUCCUUCAGCAUUGGAUGGUCAUGAUAACUGUGCUGGCUGCCAUAUUGGCGAUGGCCAUUACCGUGUUCGUCGCUGCGUCAGGAAGCGUGAUUCCCGUCGGCAAUAUGGCGCUCCUUUGUUUAGGAGUAUCUGCGAGCGCCGCGGCGCUCGGAUUCAUGGUCUGCAGUGCAUUGCUAAUUCGAUGCUGGCAUGUUAACGCCGAACAGUUCCGGACAUUGGCUCUCGGUCUGUACGAGGACUAUUGCUUCUUCGCGAUAGCCUCCAGCAUACCAUCACUGGCAUUGCUUCUCGCCAGCUUGUUCAUCAUGCUUUGCGUCCUCGUCAUCGCGGGAGGAGCAUGGCCCAGGACCGUCAUCAGCCUGAGCGUCAUCUUCGGUGUUUUACUAGGCCUAGAGUACAUCAUCAAAUCAGGAGAGAUCGUACUCAAGGCUCUCAGGCGGGGCGUACGGGCAAUGCUCGGUCGUUCGGGACCCUUCUUGGCUGCGGCAUGGACCAGUAUCACCGUCGGUUUCCUGGCAGUCUUGCCAACAAGCGCGCGUACUACAGUUUGA